CCUUAUCGCUGGGACGCAGCCGACCAGAAGUGGAAUCGCACAUUUGAUAAAUUUGGAAGUUGAUCUUGGUUAAUGCCAGUCUAAGGAGACCUUAUGAUCAGUCCAAGUCGCUAUUGAAAUGCUGGUGGAUCUGAUCGUUCUUAUUGAUGAACUCCUCACAUCGAAUAUUGGAAUGAAACUCUGGCAUUUCAGAUCAAAACCACCUUACAGAUUUCUCGCAGAGUAUUAUUUUACCUCUUGCAACUAUUUAUAUCAUCAGCUACAUCAAAUUACUAUUAACCAACGCGUAUGCGGAGCCGCAAAGUGAAUUCGUCGACCUCCCCUUAUCAUGCCCCACAUUUUCCCGGUACGGUCUCGGAGCGCAACACUCCGCAAUUCGCGGUCCAAUUCCUCCAUGACAUAGGAUCUAGACGGCUCUGAACAUAAAUAAUGGUUUAUAAAUAUCUUGCAGAGUCUUCUGAAUGAUAAUGACUUAUAAGCUCCCAGGUUCGCAUCUAAUGGGUUGUUGACUUUCCCAUUGAGAGGCUAUCCCAUCAUUACCUACCUAUUCUCUAGCGCUGUAUCCUACAGUGAACAAAUAACAUGCAUCCCUCACUCCUCUCCACCCUAACCUCCCUCCUCGCCCUCUCCCCAACGCUAACAACCGCCGCCUCCCUCCAAAAAAUAACCUCAGACAUCGGCCCGAACCCGCGAAAAGUCGGGUUCUACAUCUACGUCCCGGACAAACUCGCCGCCAGCCCUCCCAUCCUCGUGAACCCGCACUGGUGCCACGGCGACGCGCAAGCCUGCUACUCCGGGUCGCAGUACGCGACGCUCGCCAGCAAAUACGGGUUCAUCGUGAUCUACCCCGACAGCCCGAACACCGCGGACAAGUGCUGGGACGUAUCGUCGAACGAAACGCACACCCACGAUGCCGGGGGCGAUAGUCUUGGCAUCGCGAGCAUGGUGCGGUGGACCUUGGAUAAGUACAAGGGAGACGCCAAGCGAGUGUUCGUUACUGGUGUUUCUUCCGGUGCUAUGAUGACUAGCUUGUUACUCGGAGCAUACCCAGACAUAUUUGCGGCUGGAUCGGCGUUCGCCGGGGUGCCGUAUGGGUGUUUUGCCGGAAAUGGGUACGGGGUGUGGAGUGAUGCCUGUGCGACGGGUAAAGUCAAGAAGACGGGCGCCGAGUGGGCGGCGAUGGUGAAGGCGGGAUAUGCGGGGUACACGGGAUGGCGACCGAAGAUACAGAUUUUCCACGGGACGAACGACGAGGUGCUCAAUUAUGCCAAUUUCGAGGAGGAGAUUAAGGAGUGGACUGCAGUACUUGGGUUUAACAAUACUCCGACGACCAUAACUGCUAAUACGCCUGUCAAUGGAUGGACGAAGAACGUUUACGGUGAUGACGAUUGGUUUGAGGCGUAUAGUGCAGCGGGGGUUCCACAUAACAUUCAGAACCAGGAGGCUACAGCCAUGGCAUGGUUUGACCUGACCUGCACAGGCGACAACUGUUUUAAGUGGGGACAGGGUGGUCCGGCGUUGAAUUAGAUGUAGGAGAGCAUAUCUAAUGGACCAUGUGUCAAUGUUG